UCGUGCCUCGAGGACCAUAACUCAUCAUCGACUGUCGGAGUGAUUGAUGAACUGGCCGGCCAGUGUUCGGCGGCACACUCACAGCUCAAAUAUGCAGGAUGGCCCCAUCAUCGAUCCCCAAAAUCAGGGAAGCCGUGCUGAGAACGCCACAUCAGAAUAAACUAUUCCGCUUAUAGGGCGCACAACUGGAAAUUUUAAGUCAACACAUCAGAUCCGAUAUUCCCCAUCCCGAUAGGAUGCAAAAUUCAACAGUGAUCAGCAGGGUGAACGCGGGCUUGAGUCGCUGCCUGAGCCACCACCGGCGGUUGUGUCGCGGCAUUGUCGAGCUGGACCGCCUGAUCUAUAACGACGAGUUCCUCAAGGAUCCCAGGACUCAGUGGCUGCUCCACCAGAGGCGGCAACGGGAGGAGAAGCUGAUCAAGCACAAGGUCAUCUCCCUGGGACAUCUACUCUCUGGGAAGAGCAAUCUUGCAGUUACACGUGCCUUUUGUCAAUUGCUGCUAUCCGAAUCGCCAUGUGGCAGUCAUUCGCCCAAGGCCAGGACCCAAACAGGACCUCUGCCCGCUCCCACUCCUUUGCCCUCGCCCGAAAGACGUCCCAGUUUUAGGAUCAGUGCUAGUUUGCCUCGACCUGAGAGGAAGGCAUCCGCCAAGGCAUGCUGCCAAAGCUGCUAGAAAGGAUUACAUUAGAAGUCAUUGGACACUGCUAGCUAAAAAGAUAGAGCACAAACAUUCAAAGGUGCUAGAAAGGACAUUGCUUCAUAGCUGGGGUUAUAGUAAAGAAAUUCUAAGAUAAUCUUUGAGCUAGGUAAUCCUAAAUUUAAUAUGGAUAUAUAUAUAACCCUGAGAGAACAGCACUUUCUCAAGAAUGGUGCCAAAGCUGUUGAAAAGGACAUUGGAAAUGACACAUAGCUGGGGAUGUGGUGAAGAAAUUCUUAGACAGAUCUUGGAGAGAUCCACCCUCCCAAGUUUGACGGGGAUCAAUGAUUUGGAUGUAUAUAAUCCUGAGAGAAAAGCAUUUCCUCAAGCAUGCUGUUGAUAGAGACAUUGGAAUUGGUCAUAACUAGGCGGAUAGCAAAGACAUUCCUUAAGAUAUGUUCUCGCAAGUUUGACACAGAUCUAUGAUACGGAUAGAUCUGUGGCAGACUGGCGAGGAAUAACUGUGGGAUGUCUUGAGGAAUUAGCAAGUUGCAGUCUCCCAGGAACGUGUAUGUAACUGAACCUAUAUAGCCCAACUGCAAGUGGAUGAGGAUGAGGCGAGAAGGAGUGAAGGAGUGGAGGAGUGGAGGAGGAGGUGCUCAGCCCCGUUCGGCAUCCGUGCUGCUCUCGUUAUUGUUAUGAAUAAGUUAAUAACAUGGCGGAAGGCUUCUUUUGUCGUGGCCCAAACAAGCAACAACCUGGCGGGCAGCGCUUAUUAAAUGAUUGAAGCCUUUGGUGGGGCAAUGGUGGGGACAUGGACUUGGACUUCGACUUGGUCUUCGACUUGGACUUGGACUCAAGCUGGGG